AUGAGUAUAUUUAUGAAACAUUUGCAAAUUUUCAUUCAAAUGAACGUUAAUCAUAGUUUGACAACAUCAUUAUAUCGUGAUAGUACGGGAUUUUUACUUUUAUUACUUAUUGGUAAUAAAAUAGAUUUAGUUACACAUCGAAAUAUCGAUUCAAUUCGUGUAGAACAAUUCGCUAAUGUACUAGAAAAAUAUUAUCGAAAACAAUCUUUACAAAUAUCAUCAAAGAAAAACAUCAGUAAAAUUAAUGAAAAAAUUAUUCAAUAUUCAAAAGACAUUCUGUUCUUGUAA